AUGCAUCAUCCGAAAGCAAAAAUGGAUGAAUUUAAAACAAAAUUUAUGGACUUGCUGCAUAAACAGACCAAUAGGCAAGUUAAAAUUCCUGCAAUGGGAUUCUCCGAUUACUUCAUACAGACUGUGACAACUGAGCCAACGGAUGUUCCUUCAAGCAAGUCUAAAGUUGCAUGUGAUGGUAAGUCGGAUAUAGGGUCAAAGGAGACUUCUAGAUCGGAUGAAGAUACUGCUGCCCACGCACAAAAAUCAGACCAGGAAAUAUUGGAGAGCAUAGAAGAAAUUUACUUUAAAGCUGAAGGGGAAGAGGAGUGUAACGUGCAUGGUCAAUAUGAAUUGCGGAAAGUUCUUAGCGAUGGUGUGAAUUACCAAUUAAUCGAUGGUAAAAUUGCACAAUUGCGCACUCAACAUAAAGUUUUAUCCAAGCAAGUGUUGCAAAACAUAUUGGAGCAGCGUAGUGCUUGCAAUGAAGAAUUUGCCUCCAUUAAUGAUAUUCAAAAAGAGUUAGAAGAGUCUUUAUGGACCUGUCGAAAAGCGCGUUCUUACUUAAAUUAUGCAAAAGUCAAUCUAACAACUACCAGUCUAGAAAUAUUAGCAUCCUACCGAAAGCGUGAAAUUCUUAAAGAGCUUUUAAGCACAUUGCUCGCCAUAAAAAAGUUGAAAUCUACUGAUGUUGAGGUACAAAAAUUUCUUUCCGACUACAAUUACUCUGGCGCUAUUGGUUUAUUACUUAAAUGUAAAGAUUCUGCAGCGGAAUAUAUGCAAUACAACUGUGUUCAGUCUUUGAAUAAAAAACUACAAGAAACACUUUUGUUAACCGAAUUCCAAUUGGAUACAGUGCUUAACGAGAUGAUUUUAAAUUUUGAUAUGCGAAAAUAUGCUAAACUUCAAGAGGCCUACAAACUACUCAAUAAAUCUCUCAUUGCUAUGGAUCAACUGCAUAUCAACUUCAUUUCUGCUAUACAUUCCUCCGUAAACUCGGUCUUGCGUGCCUACAAUGAUCCCAGUAUCGAUGAAAAUAUGAAAUUCCUUUUCGAACAGCUUUGUGAACAAGUUACAGUCGACAAAUACAUUUCCUGCUUAAUCAGCUUAUGCAAAACAUUCUGGACUAUAUUGGCCUCUUAUUAUCAAAUAGUAGUCUGGCAUCAAAACUACAAGCUCUAUCCUCUUGAUAUGGAAGACUCGCCCGAUACUUACAUACAAGAAAAACUGAAAAAAGGUCAAUCGCGCAUUUGGAAUGAUAUUCUUACGAAAUUAUGUAUUUUCUUACAAAGUACUAAAUUGAAAACGCUGAAGUAUGAUCAAUUCAUACAAGUGCUUUCCGUGGUGCAGCGUUUAAAGAAAGUUGGCCUAGAGUUUUGUGGUGAACAAUCUGAAAAAUUGAUUGAAACAAUGCAAAUUCAAAGCCAAGAGUUUUUCCAACGUUAUCACAUCACAUGCCUCGAAGAAAUAUGUUUAUUUUUAGAUAAUGAAUCUUGGACAAUGGUAGAUUCUUUUGUAAAUAUAUUACAAUUACCGGAAUUUCGUUCUGUCCGCAAUACAUUAAGACGACAUAAAUCACCUCCUGCUGCGCGCCUACUUGUCUCAGCAACAUCUGCAAAUAACUCGCCUAUAAGUAAUAAUAACUGCGAUGAGUUGGUGUCGGUGCAUUCACAAGAUGGAGGCAGUUCCAUUUACGGUUCCUAUGGAUAUUUUUUGCGUUUCUCUGAAAAGAGUUCACCUUUCGAUGGUGGCUUAGAUGUUGCUAUGCUGGAAGAGGACAUUCUCUCUGGCAUUGUCGAUGAGGCAUCUUGCUACUUUUCAGAGGAAAGCGAUGACGAACAGAAAAGUAUGCAAAGCAAAUAUGAAGAUGAAAGUGGCAAUGGUUUUGUUAUUGUCAACAACACAACAUUAAAUGUAUUUCGUUGUAUUGGACGUUAUUUGCAAAUGUGCAAAUUGCUACACUGCAUUUCUCCUAAAAUUGUUGCAAGCAUGUUGGAAUUAAUGGACUUUUACGCUUUUGCGGUACAUGAAAUUUUUGGCAAAGAUGCUCCGGUAACAAUGGAAAAAUUCUACAAUGCACGUCUUGAACAAAAACUACAAUCGGUUCUACAAAAUAUUGUAGUAAACAUAAAAAUUUGGCCUUUGAACUUCUCAUCCCUGAUCAAUAAUGAACUUGCGAAUCCAGAUACAUUACAUGGACUAUCUCAACGCAUAGUUGCCGUAGAGAGUGGACAUUGUAUGACGCAACAAUUCCAAACGCUUCACAAUUACCUCAACCAUUUACUACCGCCACAGGAACGCACAGAUUUAACGGCAUAUUUCGAUUAUAUUGAAUUUAUGGCUGAUAUUGCACGACCAGUAUACACAUGUGUUACCUCACGAGUAAUUGAUUUGCCGGCUGUAUUGACAAUGAUGGCUAAAGUAAAGUGGGAUGUUAAUCAUGUUAGCUUUCAACACAAUAACUAUAUUGACAUAAUGAAUCGGAAUAUACAAUGCUUUGCAAUGCGAUUGGAAGAAAUCGCUAAAGAGAUAACUCUACCUAGUGAAAUAAUUUGGAAUUCUAUGGCUCAUGUUGCGACGCAUUUGCUAGUGGAGGGUUUUUCGAAUGUAAAAAAGUGUUCUGCUGGUGGUCGUGCGCUAAUGCAGCUUGAUUUUACAAACUUCAUGUCCAUACUUGAGUUGAUUUCCAGCCAAAAAUAUCCAGAACAUCGUUUAUAUGUUGAUGGAUUUAUAAAAGCUUAUUACUACUCGAAUGAACAAUUUGAAGAAUGGAUUGAUACACAAAGCAAGUUGGAACAGUAUUCCACAAAACAACUUACGAAUCUAAUACAAUGCGUUUGCGUGAGCGAUAAACGUACUCGACAAAAGUUAUUACAGUUAUUAGGUGGUAGCACCGGUGGUAGUGUUGGCAAUAGCAAUAAUCUCAAUUUGAGUACAACUAGCACAUAGUGGCAAAUAUAUAAACUACAAUGUUACAUUGUAAAAAGGCCGUUAAUUGGUCACUGCACAAUUAAUUAUACUUUUGGUAUUGCACAUGUGUCAUAUGUACAUAUUGCAUAUUGAUAUACAUACAUACAUACAUAUGUGCUUACUACGAUUAGUUCGAAUUUUAAUGCUGCGUUAAUGUCUCGAAAACAUUCCAAUUUUAAUUAUAUAUACAUAUAUACAUACGUAAGUUUGUUAUUUCUCCUUAAUUUUUGUUAUUUAUAUACACAUAUACAAAAAUUAUUUAUCUAUCAUUAACCGAUCUCUUAUUAAUCCCUAUAUUUUACUCUCUAUUAUAUUUUAUAUUUCGAAUUUUAUUUUAUGUGCAUAAAAACAUAAAUACACAUAUACAUACGUAAAUUGUAAACUAUCUCUAAUUUGAAUCUCGAAAACAACUUUUAAAAAUAUUAUACAAAACCAUACGUACAUACAUAUAUAAUUUAUAUAGUGAAUUUUAUUUAUAUUAAAAGCUAUUAUAUUUCGAUUAUGUACCUUAUUAGAUUGUUAAUUAAGUAUUUCAGUUUAAAAAUCAUUUACAAUUGUGCAGCCAAGUUGUGAAAUAACUUUCGCAUCAAUAAAAGGUAAUAAUAUGCCAACAAAUUGUAGACAUACUUAUGUACAUCCCUCUCAAUGUAACUGUUGUAAUGUUAGUAUUUUAUAGCGUAUAGGAAAAGCAACAGAAGAAAUUAAUAUGUAGGAAUAAAGGUUUGUGCUGAAA